AUGGCGCAAAAGCAUCCCGUUAUUUAUUUCGGAACCUCAACGUUUGGAUCAUCCCACGUACCAACAUUACAGGACGAAGCAAUCGUCUCAACAUUCCUCGAUGCUUUAAACGAUGGCGACGUUUCCCAAAUAGAUACCGCCGCUAGAUAUCCUCCCGAUAACCAUGGUGGCUCGGAACGAAUGAUCGGAAGGGUGAAAGCACCUGCAAGAGGCUUCACCAUCAACACCAAGGUGCUCUUUGCCGGUCAGAAUAGUGACGGCACGCUAAGUAAAGAAGCCGUACGGAAGAGUGUCGCGAAUAGUUUAGAGGUUUUGGGAGUGAAAAAAUUGGGAAUCCUUUACGCUCACUGUCCCGACUUAGCCACCCCUUUAGCGGAGCAGGCCGAAGCACUCAAUGAACAGUACCAGAAAGGGUAUUGCGAAAAGAUUGGCAUAUCCAACUUUCCUCUCGAUAUGCUUAAAUCCUUCAUAGAUAUCUGCGAAAAGGAGGGUUACAUCAAGCCGUCGGUAUAUCAGGGCCAAUACAACCUGAUCUGUCGGGAACCGGAGAAGGAGCUGUUACCGUUCCUCCGAGAGCACAAUAUGACAUUUAACGCUUACUCGCCUCUCGGCGGCGGCUUCCUCACCGGUAAGCUGACGCUGGGGACGGCGGAGGGCACACGCCUCCGUAGUGCUUACGGCGCACAUUUCGCUGCCUGGUAUGACCGACCCGAGUUCCAUGAUGCAGUCAAGAAGCUCCUCGAAGUCAUCGGGCCCCUCGGUAUCAAGCCCUCCGAGGCUGCUCUAAGAUGGCUAGCUUAUCAUUCUGACCUUGGAGAGAAGGAUGGGGUUAUUUUAGGCGCUACGAAGAUCGAGCAGCUUAAGCAAAACCUCGAGGAUAUGGAAAAGGGAGCUUUGCCGCAAGCUGUUGUGGAUGAGAUCAUGGCUAUUGGGGAGACUAUUGAUGCGAUGGGUAGUGGUAAUUUCGAUGUCAAGCCUGCUGAACUUCCGCCGAGGUAG